GAAGAAGAAUAGAGCCGGUGCGAUUGGGUGGAUUUAUUCAACCGAUUUUUUUUCUUUCUUACCUCAGAAACGCCCUAUUCCAAGUGAUCUCUUUAUUUAAUAGGCUAAUGCUCUCAUUUGGUUUAACGAUAAUCCGUCAUGGUGAGACACAGCAGAACAAGGAUGGACUGCUUCAAGGUCAGGGAAUAGAUUCCCCUCUGUCUGAAAUUGGUGUGCAGCAAGCCGAAGCUGCCGGCCAGUACCUGCAAGAUGUUCACUUUACUAAUGUUUUUGCCAGCGAUAUGAAACGUGCCAUGCAGACUGCUGAAAUUAUUGUGAAGAAAAAUAAGACAUGCAGCAACCUAGAUAUUGUGACAGCUCCAUCUCUUAAAGAGAGGAGCUUUGGUAUUGCUGAGGGAGGCCAAGUGGAAGACAUGAAGAACAUGGCUAAAGCAGGAGGCCAGCUAAUCCCAGAGUACACUCCUCCGAAUGGAGAGACAAUGGAUCAGGUGAAGGUCCGGAUCAGCUCGUUCCUUACAUCUUUGUUCCAGCAGAUGGCGGAUGAGCAUCAAGACAAAAUGUGUCACGGUGAUUCAUUUCAGCCAGAAGGGCCUCUUGUAGGUCGCCCGGAUGAUGGAGUCCAGAAUGUGUUUCCUCAUGCUCUUGUGGUGAGCCAUGGUGCCUACAUGCGGGUAGCAAUGCGCUAUUUCGUAGAGGACUUGGCGUGCACUGUGCCUCCUGAGGCGAACAUGGCUCAGGUGUUCUCUGCCUGCCCGAACACAGGAAUGUGCCGAUUCAUUGUGACUUUAAAAUGUUAUGAUACAGGCGUUCAGCUUUCAGGCAUGAGGUGUGUAUUUGUGAACCGUAGAGACCACAUGAGGGCUGAGAACAACUGAAGUGAAGUAAUGUGUAAUUAAGUCUGAAAAUGCACUUUGGACCACUGUUGUAUUCAGACCUACCAUGUUACAUUUUAAUUUUGUUUACAUUUCAUUUUGUGAAUAAAUUGAAGUGAUAGCUUAUGAAA